AUGGUGUACUUGGACGAAGUAAUAUCCCUACUUGACAAGCACAAAUCUAUCUCUGCAAACUGGGAUCUUGCAGAUUUUGAAAAACGUAUACGCGAGCGAGAUCAUUCAAAUCACCUAGUCAAGACAAGCGUCAAUAAACCCAAUGCUGACAGACUGUAUCUUGAGCCAGUACCACAUGGACUCUUUAAGCCACUCUUCUUUGAGGAAGAGGAGGAGGAGGAGGAUGAUAGCAUGGAAGACGUAGUCAGCACAAAUCUCGAGCAGUUGGAAUUACCGGACGCUCAUCACAUUGCCUUCAAAGUCGAUGCUAGUAUUCCCGCAAUAGAAGCACCAGCAACAGCACCUCUUAUUCGAUUGAAUAUGGCCGAGUACCGAAGAAGACGGACUGAACAGUUAGAAUCAGCCAAUUCAGAGCAAUUCAAUGCACUCAUGAGAGCAUCAAUGGAGCCUGAUAAUAUAGUAGCGAAUAAUCAUACUAGCAAUGCAACUGUUCAGCAACUCAGACCACCUCAACAACAGCCUGUAGUGAACAAAAUCUCUGCUCCUGCGCCUGUGCCUGCGCCAAUUCCUGCUCCAACAGUAACGCCAGCAACCACAAAUACAAAACCCAUAGUAUCAGUACCGUUUGCUAAUUUAUAUGACGCUUCAUUGAUGGAUAGCAACAUUUUCACCGAGAAAUCAGGGCCAAAGAUUUAUGCCUAUCCAACCCAAAUCAUCCCUAUAUUUGCUUCACCCACACAACAAGAGGAAUGCGCAAACGACGCCAUCAAAGACAUUCGAUUUCUGAAAGUCAAUUUCACAGAGACAUUGAAUGCGCUAUCAUUGUCUGGUCUUCAUCAACUCGAGGAGGUGGGUAAAGGAUUGUUCCUAAUAAAGCUUAUUGAAAAGCUCCAGGAUCGAGACUUAACAUUGGCACUUGUUACGCCCACAUUCAAUGAAGAGAGUCUCCUAGUUGAAACAGCACAGAGGAUUGGACUGAGAUGCGUUCGCUUCUCCAACAUCCUGGAUGAUUGGAAUUCGGAUUACGGUGUUUAUCUUGAGAUGAAGAUUCCCAACAACGCAGACUUCUCACAGUACAACUUCAAGCCUGCCGACUUUGUGAUUUGCCUUGGUGCCGCAUUGAAUCGCUCAACCGUCGACAAAGUCAAAGCAGCGCCUGAAACACCCGUGGCCUGGAUGGUGACAUUAGGUUCAGCAGAGGAAAGAUUAUAUAAUUUCAUGGCUCAAGAAAACGUUAGAUAUCCUGAUUGCACUGACGCAGAUGGCUUCCAGAAUCUGCUUUUGGCGUCCAACAACUGGCCCUCUUAUGAUCACUAUAGCUUUCAAGAGUUAACGUCUCGAGUCGCAGACAAUGUGAGUUGCUGGUUGAACCUACUCGGCAGAUCAAAAUAUCAGUUUAGAUCCACCGAGGACCUACCUCUUUCAUAUCAUUUGGCGACAUUCAAACCACAGACAGAUGGUGAUAUCGAGGACAUGGAUAUAAGCUCUUCUGAUACAGAGGCCAUUCAGGUUCAGCAAGACAUUUUCCCCACCUUUGAAAUUGUUGAGAGGCCACCCACAACAGUUGCCCCUGACAAUGACAAAUCUCUGGUGGAUGAUUACACAAGUGAGGCUAAGGCUCUUAAGAACAAAUUUGAAGGAGAGUACAAGGCGUUGCUUUCCAAGUAUAGAACCAAGUUAUCAGAAUCUCAUAAACAAAUGUAA